ACGCUGCCUACGUAGUCUGACUCUAGGCUAGACUACUGUACACUGACACCGGGACCUCAAAAUACAAAACCAGCCCCCGGAGGAAGAAGAUGGACCUCUUCCACUGUCGUCUUUGCGCCUUUUUGUUCCUCCACUGCGUCUGGUGUCUGCAGCUCUGUGGCAAGUUGUUCAGCGUGGAGACAUAAUGGACUAUGGCUUGGUGGAGGAGUUUGUCACCACUGUGUUGGAGGUCGUUCCUGAUCUGAUGAGUUACAGAGAGCGAGUCCAACUCAUCAUGGGGCUGCGGGCACAGCUGGUUCUGGAGUUGUGUCGUACAGAUCAGCUAGCCGACCCCGAGACCAUCCAGCCACACCUGAACAGGAUGAGGACCUGUAUCAUCACUCUUAGUAAAAAUGAGACUCCUGAUCCAGAGGUGGAGGCAUCAAAAUCCAACUUCCUGAAGCUGAUUCAAAGCCUGCUGGAAGACCCAAUUAAGAGGGAACACUUCUUCCAGAAUGUUUUUCUAGAGGAAUUUGGACCCAAGUAUGACUCCACACUGCAGAGUCUGGUGUGGGAGUUCCUGUCUAGGCUGGAGAAGCUGCUUCCGACACCAACCCUUCAUCAGACUGCAGCAUGGUUCCUACCUGACCACUCUGUUCUAGAGGAGUGCGUGCAGUCAGUGUGUCACCCUGAGCCAUUGAAGACCCUUCUCCAGUACCACAAGCCAUAUAGACAUCUGGACAACAAUGCUCUGUCUUCAGGUGACAACCACAGCUCGCUGUCACUCUCGCUCCUAGAAACAGUUGAGAUCUUUGAAACAGAGAUCAAAUCAGAUCCUAUGAAACAGAGAUCAAAUCAGAUCCUAUGCAGGGGUUUAUGAACAUUCUAAGCUCUGCCUCAUCUGUCAACGAGUCAGAAAUGAACAGACAUUUUCACCAACCUCAAACUGACAGUAGGCUGAAAAUCCAAAGAAACCCUCACAGUAGCCAACAGGAAGUACAGGAGAGUUCUAGUUUGUCUACUUCCUGUCUGUUCCUUCAGCCCACAGUGCUGCUGCACAGACUUGACAUUGCUGAUAUGCCGUUACCUGUGUCCUCUCCAACAUUGAGUCCAACAUUGAGGAUAAAGAGUGUACCUCAGUAUUCUUUGGCGCCUGACCCAUCCUUUACAAUGGGGAACUCUAACAGAAGCAAGCGUGUCAAAAUGUGCUAUUUUAUUGAAGCAGAAGAUUUGAUGGCACACAUGAGAUCUCACACUGAGCAGAGUCCUUACCAGUCUUUUGAAGAGCUUAACAUGUCUACAUCCUCUUUUGAGGAUGGGAUAGAGAUAUCCCAGCCCCAUGGCACUUCACCCCUGAGCCCAACAACUUCCAAAGUUUGUACCACUCCAAGACAGUCCUCCAAAUCCAGACAGUCCUCCAAAUCCAGAACAUGUCACGUGUGUCUCAAGACUUUCUAUACUGUGUAUUCAAUGAGAAAGCACAUGAUUUUCAAACAUGAUCAGCUCAUUUACCAGUGCCUCGACUGUGGAGAACAAUUCGAGAGAAAGUUUAAUUUGAGGGAACAUAUGGCAGAGUGCCAUCCCACUCUGUCAUCCAAAGCAAGAACAUGCCAUUUGUGUAACAAGACUUUCGGCAGCCCAUAUUUAAUGAGAAAACACCUAAAAUCCCAACAUGAUCAGCUCCCUUACCAGUGCUGCGAUUGUGGAGAACAUUUUAAGAGGAAAUGUCAUUUGAAGGAACAUAAGAAAAACUGCCCCACAAUGUUUUCCUGCCUCAGCUGUGGAGAAAASUUUGAGGAAAUGUGUCAUUUGAAGGAGCAUAAAAAAGAGUGCUUGGCAGUGAAAAAGCUCUUCUCUUGCCCUCUUUGCAAGAAGACCUUCAUUGAAGCAAGGAGGUUAACCGCACACAUGAGAUCUCACGAGAAAAGGUCUAAUUUGAAAGAACCUAAAGUGUGCUUAGCUGCAAAAAAACGCCACUUUUGCUCGAUGUGUAAUAAAACAUUCAUUAAAGUACACGAUUUGAAAGCACACUGGAGAUCAUACACUUACCAGUGCAACCAGUGUUUGCAAAGCUUUGAACAUCAGGAGAACUUACAGAAACAUCUGCAGUAUGCUCGUGAGGAGGCAGCUCAACUAGAAGAGGUUAACACGUUUACACCAUCUUUUGAGGAGGAGAUGGAGACAUCCCAGCCCCACAACACUUCCAAUGUUCGUCGCAAUCAAAGAUACUCUUUCAGAGCCAGAACAUGCAGUCUGUGUCACAAGACUUUCAACAGUAUAGCUUUAAUGCGAACGCACCUGAUUUCCAAACAUGCUCAGCUCCCUUACCAGUGCCUCUGCUGUGGAGAGAAUUUCAAGAAGAAGAUUAAUUUGAAAGCACAUAGGAAAGAGCGCCAUCCCACUCCAAGUCUCCAACCCAAGAAGUCCGUCAAAGCCAGAUCUUGUGUCGCAAUACUUUUGACAGUACAUUUUUUAUGAGAAAGCACCUCAAAUCCCAACAUGGCCAGCUCCCUUACCAGUGCCUGGGCUGUGGAGGAAAUUUCAUAAAGAACCCUCAUUUGAGGGAGCAUAAAAAAAGAGUGCUUUCAGAGACCACAGCAAGACUUGAGGGAGUCAAAUGAGGGAGUCGAUCCAAACCAGCACCAAAGGGAUGUUAAUCCAGCAGAUAGCAGCAGCUCUCUGGCAACAAAGGAGAGUGAGACAGAGAUUCCACAGUCCCACAGCUCUUUAAACCUUAUAACCUCCGAUACACCCCUCCACUCAGAAACCCUAUCUUUGUGAAAUAUGUGGUAAGGAUUUCCUGAUGCUGUUUCGAAUGAAAGAACAUAUGAGAGCACACACAGGAGAGCGCCCUUUCCCUUGCCGAGACUGUGGCAAAGGUUUUAGCAGAAGGCGGAGUCUGAAACGCCAUCGAUUGAUUCAUACAGAAGGUCGGCCAUUCCUUUGCACAGACUGCGGCAAACGUUUUUCUACAGAGGCCAGUCUGAAAUCCCAUCAACUGAUUCAUACAGGAGAACGGCCAUUUGCAUGCACUUUAUGCAAGUUACGCUAUCUCACAAAAAAACACCUGCAAAGACAUAUGAAAAAACAUUGUUUUAAAACAAAACAUUUUAACGGUGUGUAUGAUGUGCAAAAGCUUUUUUUACA